AUGCUGAACCACAUCUGCUAUCGAGCCCUCCGCAGCAGCAGCAGGCCCCUCGCCUCGUCGAUGCUUUCCAGUCCACUUUUCCGUCGGUCAUUCCACCCCGAACCACGUUCCUUCCAUCAUAGUCCCCACGGCACCCACCGCUUCGUGUACAGAUGGAUCAUCCAAGCUAUCGGGACACCCCUCGCAGUCGCGUACCUGUGCGAUAAAGUUUCCUCCUCCGAGCAAAAUGGUGGCGGGAAGGAAGGCUUCAAGCUGGAACUGGAACUGCCGGGCAUUGAUAUGGGGAUUCUGACGGAGCCCAUUCGGAGGGCGCAGAGUUGGACUUAG